GCGUUUGGAAACGUCUCUUUUAGGAAACGAGGUUGUGGAUGUUUGUUGGAGAGCCUUCUAAAAUCCGAUCCAUCUACACUUUUCGAGACCUUUAUCUUGACAGCAAGAUUGUUUGAAGGAAUUGCGGAUAUUCAUAUUAGUCAAAAAUGUCGAUAGGUGUGCCUAUAAAGAUUCUACACGAAGCAGAAGGACAUAUUGUCACGCUGGAAACUAUGACUGGCGAAGUAUACAGAGGAAAGCUCGUUGAAGCCGAGGAUAACAUGAAUUGCCAAAUGUCAAACAUCACGGUGACCGCGAGGGAUGGCAGAGUUUCACAACUGGAACAAGUUUUUAUUCGUGGAAGCAAAAUUCGCUUUCUGAUUCUUCCAGACAUGUUGAAAAAUGCUCCGAUGUUCAAGAAAAUGACACAAAAGGGGUCUGGCAGUGGAGCGGCGGGAAGAGGCAAAUCUGCAAUUUUAAGAGCACAAGCUGCUGCCAGAGGGAGAGGAGGUCCACCCCGUGGGGGUAGAGGAGGCAAUGUCUUCCAGAGAAGAAGAUAGCUUGUACUUGUGAUGUUUAGUUAACAGAAAUAAAGAAGCAAUUUCUAGUGUACUACACAUGUAAAUACGACUUUUGUGAAGCAAGUGGUGUAGAAAGCUGUUCUGAAACAAAGUGCAAUGAAACAACUUCAGUAAUUCCUCUAAACACCUCUGACCACUUUUUGUUUUAAUUUACAGUGAAUAUGUGUGUUAAUUUGUUCUUCAACAACUCUGAUGUGUAUAGGGUAUUAGGAAUAAAAAGAGAUAGCUUAGUUUUUAAUUUCUUGUAAUAAUUCCUUACAUUUUGUAGUUUCUCUCGUGUUAUGUUUGUUCUACACAUACUUUGUCCAUCCUAAACUCUUAACUUCUUUGUGGUUUUAGUAAAGUAAAUAGUCUUUUGUAAUAACACUUAUGAAACAGCUUACAAUGUUUUCAUGUCUUUUAUGCAGAUACUUAAGGUGGUUUUUAGCCCUUAAUUUGCAGUACUGGGCAACUUUUAACUUUGUCUUUAAGUAUGGUUAACCAAACAUGUAAAGGCAGUGACGACAUUUUGAAUUUUUUUUUCUAACUCUUCAGACUUUGAAAGAAGGGUAAUGACAUUUUGUAACCAGUGAGAAGAGUUAAGUUAUUUGAGACUGCUAGGAGAGUAAAACUUUCAUUUUAAUAAUAUCAGGAUCUGA